AUGAGCCGCCAAUUUACUUGCAAGUCAGGAGCUCCCAAAGGGGGCUUCAGCGGCUGCUCCGCCGUGCUCUCCGGGGGCAGCUCGUCCUCCUACCGGGCAGGAGGCAAGGUCAGCGGGGGCUUCGGCAGUCGGAGCCUCUACAGCCUGGGGGGCGCCCGGACCAUCUCCUUCAACGUGGCCAGUGGCAGUGGGAAGAGUGGAGGUUAUGGAUUUGGCCGGGGCCGGGCCAGCGGUUUUGCUGGCAGCAUGUUUGGCAGUGUGGCUCUGGGGCCUGUGUGCCCAACCGUGUGCCCGCCUGGAGGUAUCCACCAGGUCACUGUCAACGAGAGCCUCCUGGCCCCCCUCAAUGUGGAGCUGGACCCCGAGAUCCAGAAAGUGCGUGCCCAGGAGCGGGAGCAGAUCAAAGCUCUGAACAACAAGUUCGCCUCCUUCAUCGACAAGGUGAGGUUCUUGGAGCAGCAGAACCAGGUGCUGGAGACCAAGUGGGAGCUGCUGCAGCAGCUGGACCUGAACAACUGCAAGAACAACCUGGAGCCUGUGUAUGAGGGCUACAUCAGCACCCUGCGGAAGCAGCUGGAGACGCUGUCUGGGGACAGGGUGAGGCUGGACUCGGAGCUGAGGAACGUCCGGGACGUGGUAGAGGAUUACAAGAAGAGGUAUGAAGAAGAAAUCAACAGGCGCACAGCUGCAGAGAACGAGUUUGUGCUGCUCAAGAAGGAUGUGGACGCAGCUUAUGCCAAUAAGGUGGAGCUCCAGGCCAAGGUGGAAUCCAUGGACCAGGAGAUCAAGUUCUUCAAGUGUCUCUUUGAAGCUGAGAUCACUCAGAUCCAGUCCCACAUCAGCGACAUGUCCGUCAUCCUGUCCAUGGACAACAACCGGGACCUGAACCUGGACAGCAUCAUCGAUGAGGUCCGGGCCCAGUACGAGGACAUCGCCCUGAAGAGCAAGGCCGAGGCCGAGGCCCUGUACCAGACCAAGUUCCAGGAACUGCAGCUGGCAGCUGGCAGGCACGGGGAUGACCUCAAAAACACCAAGAAUGAAAUCUCGGAACUCACCCGGCUCAUCCAGAGAAUCCGCUCAGAGAUUGAGAAUGUGAAGAAGCAGGCUUCUAACCUGGAGACGGCCAUUGCCGAUGCCGAGCAGCGGGGGGACAACGCCCUGAAGGAUGCCCGGGCCAAGCUGGACGAGCUGGAGGCCGCCCUGCACCAGGCCAAGGAAGAGCUGGCCCGGAUGCUGCGCGAGUACCAGGAGCUCAUGAGCCUGAAGCUGGCCCUGGACAUGGAGAUCGCCACCUACCGCAAGCUGCUGGAGGGCGAGGAGUGCCGGAUGUCAGGAGAAUUUCCCUCCCCUGUCAGCAUCUCCAUCAUCAGUAGCACCGGCGGCAGCAGUGGCUAUGGUUUCCGGCCGAGCUCAGUCAGCGGUGGCUACGUGGCCAACAGCAGCAGCUGCAUCUCUGGAGUGUGCAGUGUCCGUGGUGGGGAGGGCCGGAGCCGGGGCAGCACCAGCGACUACAAGGAGACCCUGGGAAAGGGGUCCAGCCUAAGUGCCUCCUCCAAAAAAGCCAGCCGGUAGAGAGGGCUGCCCAGUGCCCUCCUACCCCUGCCCCUGUGUCCCCAGGGGCUCUGGCGUCCACAUGUGCUCUCUCCCCAGCCCCCCGUCAGCCCCUUUCCCACCCUGCUGACCCUGCUCUUGUACCUCAGCUCUGGCCUUGGCCCCUCCACUUGUCCCAACCUGUGUCUUCCUGAACCUGGACAGGUGUGGACGACUAAACCUUGUGAAAUUCCUUCCUGCACACACCCGAUGUUUACCUCCCUGGCGGCAUU